GUAUCAGUUAGAUAUUUCUACCAACACCUAUGACUAAUAUUGAAAAUAAUUCACCUGUUUGUUUAUCCUAAUAUCAGAAUAGAUAGUGGUUACUUGUUACAAAAAUAUCUCUCUUAUCAGUUGAUGCAGGUACAGUGAAAAAGUGAAAUUCAAAGGGAGUGUAUAUAAAAGUACUUAUCCUCAUCAUGUAUUUCCAAUUACUCAGUACUACUCUAAUCAUAAUAUUGACAUUCUUUGAGUUCACACAAUGUCAGUUAAACGGUGUGAAACCAGAACUGGUCAGUUGCUACAACACAUCAGCUUUACCCGGGAUUAUUAUUGCUGAAAAUAGACCACCUGCAACCCUAAACAUUUUUCUGGAAAUAUUAAGAAGAAUUGAAGACGCGAAUCCAGACAUAACUGUAAGAGAUCUCUCCAUAUUAUUAGUUCAAAGGUUGAAACAAAAUGGGAUUGCAGCUACUGGGCGAGCUGUGGAUUACAGUAUCGCUAUUCCUUUCGCGCCAACUGAACAAGAAGCAAUUAAAGGGACUUUUGUGGCUAAUGAAUUCCUACCAAAUUCUCAAUUAACUUUGAAGUAUGGAAAUAUCGAUAUGUCGGAUAUUUGCGCUUUUCAUUAUAUGAUCUCCAAUACAGUAAACACAACAGUGAGAGGAGAUGAAUCACAAACUUGUAUCAGAUCAUCUCGUUAUCAAAUGAGAAUACGUAGAGAAAUUGGGGAGCGAGAGGAUGUAGAUUCAGAAAUGAUAGAAAAAACAUUACUACGCCAAAGCAUUUAUCCCACCGCUGCAGAAAUGAGUGAAUGUCCCAUAGAACUUGGAGUGAUUUAUACUAAUCAUGGAACAAUUAAAGCUGGUCAAGUCCUACAAGGAUUGGCUGCUGGACUAAAUAAAGAGAAAAAAGAAGCAGACAAUAGAUAUGUGGCUACACUUACAAGUGACCUAGCGCAUGUUGGCCUAAUACAAAUGCAGCCGCCAUUAAUAAUUGGAGCACAAGGAGGCUGGAAUAGCACUAUCAAUCCGAAAUAUUUUUUUCUUCAAAAAAAUGAUGACAUCGAAUUAUCUGAUCAAGAUAUAAGAGGGUCUUUGGAUGGUUUAUUAUUAGGUUUGAAAAUUGAUGACAUCAAAAAAACAUUUGUAGACAUUAAACUCUCACAAAUUAUUGAUAUGUACUAUUCGCCAUCACAAAAGGGAAUUUUUGACUCUUCAUUUAGAGCUUGCAACAGAAAUAUUUUAUAUUCCGAAUUAGUAACUUCGGAAACACUAGGGGAGGAGAUAUAUAACGUAUUAUUACCGUUGGAUCGAUUUGGACCAUAUCCGGGGAGCGUCACACCACUUGGUUAUGAGACACUUAAGGAAGCUGCUUUAAAUAAUUUCACAAGCUAUCUUCCUCAAAUAGUUGAUCUGGCAUGUCCCCAGAUAAAUUCUGAUGUAGAAAGAGUUAGUACCGAUAUCCUCAUUUUCAUCGAUGGAAGUUACAAAUACGUUACCAUUCAACCAAUUUUAUCCUAUAUUUUGGACAAUAUUGAUGUAAACAAAUUUGGUUCAAGAUAUACAAUAUUUAGUGGGUCAAAUGGAGUGAACAUUACCAACAGUUCUUCAAGAUUCUUGUUAGAUUUCCAUAAACAGUAUAAUCUGACCAUACAUGAGAACAUUACAGGGGAUUUUGAUUAUGCAGAGGUAUAUAAAGUAAUUGAAUCUACUGUAAAAUCCAAGUUGAAUAACAAGUCGUAUACUGGUGGAGAAUCAACCAUAGCACUCCUAAUACCAGGUACCAAGCCAAGUGAUGCUCAGAACUCGCUUAUGUUACAAAGAAAAGAAAUAAUUAGACAGUUUCUACCGGACCUCUCAAUCAUCCUUCUUGGAUCGGGAUCAUCAGAAGACUAUUCAUCGUUGUUGGUUAAUCCAUCAAAAGAUUUUAUAGCUUUAUCUGAUUCAACCAACGAAAAUGAUCUGAAAAACACCGCACAAAACGUUAUUGAUGCAAUAAAAAUGAUUCCAAGAUCAAUAGUGAAUCCAUCCUGCGGCGCUAGUUUGAGUGGCUCCGAUGCAACAUUUUCUUUAACAGAUUAUGUUGACCUAUACGGAAUCAAUUUUUAUAAAAUUUCUCCCAAUUAUUUCUAUAAAGGAGAUGCGAACAGACAUUUGAAAAUUAUUGCAGAUAGUACAGGAAGUAUAACUGUCUGCUUGUCAAGAGAUGAAAGUAGGCCAACAAAUCAAACUGGAGAUUGUGUAAGUUUGAAAUCAAGUGUUAAGGAUUAUGAUAUAACAAAUUGGUGUGAAGAUGGCUCUUUACAAGAAUGUUCACCUAUCUAUUUCUCAGUUUAUGGAAACACAUCACAAAUACAAUGCAAUGAUAUGAGGUGUCGUUUCCCGAAUAAUAUCAAGUACAGUAUAAAAUUAGAGAACGUGGGUUGUGCUAGUAGUGCAAUAGCACUUUAUUCUAAUCUUACUAUCAUUUUCAUUUUAUUCGUUUUGAAAAUUUAUGUCUAGAUCGUUAUCAUUUUAAUGAAUAUAUAUUUUUGUUGAAUAUUUUGUAGAUAAUCAUGCUUAAAUUUCAUAAGAAUGCAAACAAGAUUAUACGUUGUUCCAGUUAUUUUCGGAUAUUUCCUCAAAGAAAUUAUGGAAUACCUUGGUUUUUUAUUAAUCUCAAAAAAGAGUUCAGUAUUAUUCCAUAGAGAGUAUAAAAGUAUUUAAGCACAACUUUUUGUAAAUAAUUUAUAAUAAUGUAUUUGGAGAAUAAAUUUUUUAUGUUUUA